CUUCCUUUCAGUAAUCGAUCUCAUUUUCAUGUAUCGGAGGACUGCAGUGUAUUCUUUCAAAAUAAGCUUUCUGGUUUCGAGAUGGAGAAACUGAAAACACUCCUAAUCGCCAACCGAGGUGAAAUCGCUGUCCGCAUCUGCAAAACUGCCAGAAAGCUCAACAUUCGCACCAUCGCCAUCUAUUCAGAAGCAGAUGCCGCAUCUCAGCAUGUCAGAGAUGCAGAUGAUGCCGCUCCCUUAUCAAGAAACACCGCUUAUACUGAUGAAGUUGAGAUUCUACGCAUCGCGAAGGAAAACAACGUAGAUGCAAUCAUCCCAGGCUACGGAUUUCUCAGCGAGAACGCGCAAUUUGCAAAAAACGUGAAAGAAGCCGGGAUCGCCUGGGUAGGCCCGAAUUCAGAGGCCAUUGAAGCAUUUGGUGUCAAGCAUGUUGCGCGAGGAUUAGCAGAAUCAGCCAACGUACCCAUCGUUCCCGGAACGAAAGGAUUGGUGGAAAACGAAGAUGCUGCUGUCAAAGCGGCGGAGGACAUCGGGUUUCCAGUCAUGUUGAAGGCGACAGGAGGCGGAGGAGGCAUGGGCUUGAUCACCGCCAACACUGCGCAAGAGGUGCGCGGCGGAUUUCGAAUGGUGCAAUCUCGUGGGAAAUCGUUGUUCAAGAACGAUGGUGUUUUUCUCGAGGCUUUUUAUGCUGCUAGUCAUCAUAUCGAAGUGCAAGUAUUUGGCAAUGGGCAGGGACAGGCAAUACACUUUGGCGAGCGCGAAUGCUCUAUUCAGCGCAGGCACCAAAAGGUCAUCGAAGAAUGUCCCAGUCCAUUUGUGGAAAAGCAUGCAGAGCUGCGCAAAAAGCUGGGCGACGCGGCGGUUCGCCUCGCUGAAUCCAUCAAAUAUGGAUCUGCGGGUACCAUCGAAUAUCUUGUCGAUGACGAGUCAGGCGACUUCUUCUUCUUGGAAAUGAAUACGCGUUUGCAGGUCGAACACGGAAUCACGGAGCUGUGCUAUGGGGUCGAUUUAGUCGAGUUGAUGUUGAAACAAGCGGACGCUGAGCUGUCGGGUAAAGGUGGUAUUGACGGAAGUUCGCUGAAAGCUCUGCAACCUAAGGCUCCGUCGGGAUCAGCGGUUGAGGCUCGUGUAUAUGCUGAAAAUCCGUUGAAAGACUAUGCGCCGUCUCCAGGUUUACUCCAGAAAGUAGAGUGGAAAGAAGUCGAAGGAAGCCGAAUCGACACCUGGGUAUUUACUGGAUCUCGAAUCACUCCAAAUUAUGAUCCCCUUAUUGCCAAAGCCAUGGUGCACGCAAGCAGCCGAACUGAAGCUAUCGCUGGAUUGAAAACUGUACUCACAGGCUCUUCAAUAUGUGGCCCACCUACCAAUCUCGAAUUCCUUGCCGAGAUCCUACAUGACCCGAGAUUUGAGGCAGGCGAUACCAAAACAAGCUUCCUGGAUGAAUUCCAGUAUGCUCCGCAUGCGAUUGAUGUGAUAUCGGCAGGCGCAUAUACACUGAUACAGGAUCUUCCGGGAAGGCCGUCUGUGGGAAAAGGUAUUCCCCAUUCUGGGCCAAUGGAUCCGCUCGCUUUCCAGAUCGCGAAUAUUCUGGUUGGUAACCCGCGUGGCAGAGAGGGCUUGGAGGUUACGUUAAGUGGACCGGAACUACGUUUUGUGGGAUCAGCUGUGGUAGCUCUGUGCGGUGCACCUAUGGAGACUACUCUUGAUGGCGAAGUCUUUCCUAUGUGGACACGAGUGAAGAUAGAAGCGGGCCAGAGAUUGAAGAUUGGGAAGACGACCGGUGGGGGCUGUCGAUCGUAUCUUGCUGUAUACGGAGGCUUCUCCAACGUCGCAGACUAUUUUGGAUCCAAAGCUACGUCGCCACUGGUUGCUAUCGGUGGCUAUCAAGGUCGUGCUCUUGCUCCUGGGGAUCUUUUGCAGAUUGUUGGGGACAUCUCGGAAGUACCAUCGACUCAGCUUUCGCUUCCAGAGCGAAUUCAACCUGUAUACAAGAAUCAUUGGGAGAUUAAGGCCAUGGUUGGUCCACAUGACGAGGGGUAUUUCUUACCUGAAGAUAUCGACAACAUAUACAAUACCGGGUGGAAGAUUUCCCAUAACGCCUCGCGAAGCGGCAUCCGCCUCAUCGGACCUGUACCGAAAUGGGCUCGCAAAGAUGGUGGUGAGGGUGGUGCGCAUCCUAGUAAUUUGAUUGAAUAUGGAUAUCCUGUGGGAGCAUUGAAUUGGACUGGAGAUGACCCUUGCAUUUUCCCCAUGGAUGGUCCAAAUUUUGGAGGUUUCGUGAGCAGCACUACGGUUAUUACAGCUGAAUGGUGGAAGCUUGGACAGCUCAAGGCGGGGAACACGCUGAAAUAUGUCCGCGUAAGCCUGAAAGACGCGCUGAAGAAAAGGAAAUCCAACAAUCACUAUUUGGAUUCGAUCGAACAAGCGGUCACAAAUCAGAGCAGCUUCGAUCAGAUAGAUAAGAUUCAAGGUUGCCAUGUAGACUUCCAUGAUGGCGAUAUCGAGAAAGCUGUUAUCUGGGAAAAGGAGGGAGAUGGCAAUGUUCCUCGCGUCAGGUAUCGCCAGGGAGGUGAUGAUCAUCUCAUCGUCGAGUACGGGAACGAGAAUUUUGACCUAAACCACCGCUGCCGCAUCACCGCUCUUGAAAAUGCACUCAACUCCUCCUCAACCCCUCAAAACAUCAAAAAUCACAUCAUCAACACAGUUGGCUGCUGCACAACGCUCCUCGUACAUUACAGCGGCAUCGACCUCCCACGCUCCAAUCUAGUCACACACCUACAGACCCUCGAAUCCACCCUCGGCGACCUCCGAACCACAAAAGUCCCAACCCGCCUCUUCAAACUCCCCCUCUCCUUCGAAUCCGCUCCCCAAACCGAAGCAACGCAACGCUACAUGACCAACCAACGCCCACACGCCCCCUAUCUUCCCGACAACCUCGCCUUCCUCGCCAAAAACAACGCCUUCACCCCCGACCAGCUAAAACAAAUCUACCUAACCGGCCAGUUCAUGACCGUAGUCGUGGGUUUCUUCUGCGGCAACACCGUCUCUCUCCCCGUGGACCCGCGCAACCGCAUGUCCUGUCCCAAAAUGAAUCCCUCGCGCGUUUUCACGCCCGAAGGAACCGUCUCGUGGGGUGGGUCUUGCAUGUCCAUCUACCCCGUCGAUUCCCCUGGCGGGUAUCAAAUGACCGGUCGCACAGUCCCUUGCUGGGAUUACUACGGGUAUAAAUCUGGAUUUUCGGCAUCGCGUCCGUGGCUGUUCAAGGACUUCGAUAUCUUGACGUAUUACCAGGUUAGCGAGGCGGAGCUAGAUGUGCUACUCGCGAAGUGGAGGGCUGGUGUGUAUGAGUUUGAGUAUGAAGAGAUUGAUUUCGAUAUGGGAGAGCACAAUAAGUUGCUUGAGGAUACAGCGGAUGAGGUGAGGGAAGUGCGGAAGAGACAAAUGAAGGCGCAGGAGGAGAUGGUGAGGGCGGAGAAUGAGAGUUUGGAAAAGUGGCGACGGGAGAAGGCCGAACAGACGGUUGAUGAGGGGACAGUGGAGAAGUUGCUGGAAGAUGAGAAUGUUGUGGCGGUAGAGGCUCCGGUUGACGCCAAUGUGUGGAAGGUGGAGGUUGGGGACGGAGACGGCGUGAAGGAAGAUACUGUGCUUGUUAUUCUGGAGGCGAUGAAGCUUGAGAUCACAGUCAAGACUCCGGAGUCUUUGAAUCAAUCUGUGAAAAUCAAAGGCAUUACAGCCGAGAAGGUAUUAGUGAAACCUGGAGAUACAGUUAAGGCUGGCUCGCAUUUAUUACUAUUGCGAAAACUUCAGUGA